UACGUCUUGGCGGUGCAGAACGUGCUCCGGCUCAACCCUUCCGGCCGCACGCCCCGCGCGCUGCGGGACGCCUUCCGCCGCAUCGACGCCGACGGCUCGGGCUACAUCGACGUCGGCGAGGUCGACGCGCUCUUCCGCGAGGUCUACGGCCUCGACGAUCUGCCCGAGGACACGACCAAGGCCGAGCGCAACGCGAUGAAGAGCAACAAGGACGCGGACGUCGCCUCCUUCCUGAGCUUCUUCGACGCGAACAAGGACGGCAAGAUCUCCUUCGCCGAGUUCACGGCCGCGCUCGGCGGCGCGGACGCGACCAAGGCGCAGAUCGCGCUCGAGGAGUUCGGCGGGACCGCCCAGCUCCAGCUCGGGCCCGCGGACGACGCGCCGCCGGAGCUCCCGCCGAACGUCUCCGGCGACAUUACGGUGGGCGACCGCGUCGUCGACGCCGCGGUCUACGUCGCGGAGCUCAAGGCCGAGGCCGCGGCGCUCAAGGCCGCGUUGGCGCGGACGACGGCCGCGGGCCCGACGAACGCGAUGACGUCCAUCGGCACCUACAUCGCGUCCCUCGACGAGUCCCAGCGCGAGCUCCUCACGUCGACGAUGACGCCCGACGCCCGCGACGCCGCCCAGGAGCUCGUCAAGUACGUGCUCUCGGGCACCGGCGGCGACCCGGACGCCGACACGGGCGCGGGCCCGACGCUCGCGCCGGACCAGCAGGUCACGCUCGAGCGGCGCGUCCUCGACCAGAUCUGCCGCUGGCAGAUCGUCGUCGGCUACCGCCUCCGCGAGCUCGAGGCCAGCGGCGAGGCGGCCAAGCGCCUCGGCGCGUGACGUCGCGCGCCGGCGAUUCGCGCGCGUGUAACUGUUGCAUUGUCGUUG